UAUAUAAUCUAUAUCAGAUGUUCCACACCAGAUACACUCUCCACCGGAGAGCCUAUCAACACAAAGUAAGCAAGAUCAUUGAACAUAUGAUUGCAGUUGCUCUGAUCAAAGCUAAUAGACAUCUCAGGAUCUUUCCAGGAGGUAAAGGGAAGAAGUUGACCAUGUCUAAAUCACUUGAUGACAUGCAUGCCUACACCCAUCUGACAGAUAGUGUACUCGAACACAUCCUCACCUCCCAGAAUAAAUACCUGAAGGAAUCCAAAGACAUCAUCCAGAAGGUUCUAACCAGACAGCUUUAUAAGUGUGUAGGAGAGGUACAACCGCCUGCAGACAUGGAACUACAGGUAAUGAUUAUAGGUUUUACAGGCUAGCGUUCAGACUCACUCGACACUCCGUUUUGUUUACGAUCAGCCGUGCAUUAAGUCUUUUGUUAACCAUGCGAUAGCUUCUGUGGGAAACCGGUGAAAACAGUUUAUUUAAUGAGAUUAUGGAAAUUCAAGCCUUAUUUCAAAUAACCAGACCUUUGUUAUUUCUUGACCAUUUUCUGUAAUUGAGGUAUCAAAUUAAAGAGCACAUAUUGAACUUUUAAGACAUGUGAUUUUCUUUUUGAAAUUCAUAUACCCCCCACCAAAUGAGUUUUUGGUAUCCUUCCUUCAAAUUGUUUUUGCUCACGCAUGCGUGAAUGAGGAAUAAUCUAAGUAAUAUCAGAUGGAAGAGGAGAUUAUAAGCUUUACAUUGGUAGGUCAUUUGUCUAUUUUAUUUUUGAUUAAGUUAUGAUAAAUCAUCGCUAAAUCCCGGUUUCGUUUUUUCUGGGACGCACUGUAUAGGAGGUGCCAGGUAAAAAUGGCAGAGGUAAAAAUGGCAGAGGUAAUAAUGGCAGAGGUAAAAACGGCAGAGGUCAAAAGAGCAGAGGCAUAAAUGACAAGAGGUAAAAAUGGAAGAUGUGAUAAUGGCAGGGGUAAAAGUGGCCGAGGUACACUAUUAGAAAAAAACAGUAGAUUCUACAGAAGAAAAAUUAAAAAACAAGUUUUACAG